AAAAGUACAAUUGGGUGAAGAAAACGAAGGAAACAGCGACGAAGAAAACACUGUACGCAGUGUCCUUGCGGUUGCGUGAGUUUGCAGCGGAGAAAGGGAAGGCGAAGCCUCAUCGUCUCGCGUCGUUACCUGCGAAUAGCGGAGAGAGAGACAACGAGAGAGAGGGAGAGAGAAUGUCGGCUGUAACGAACCAAGAGGAAGACAAGAAGCCCACCGAUCAGUCGGUGGCUCACAUCAAUCUCAAGGUCAAGGGUCAGGAUGGAAAUGAAGUGUUCUUUAGGAUCAAGAGAAGCACUCAGCUGCGGAAGCUCAUGAAUGCAUACUGUGAUCGACAAUCUGUGGAGCUCAACUCAAUUGCAUUUUUGUUUGAUGGCCGUCGUCUCCGAGGAGAACAGACUCCUGAUGAGCUUGAGAUGGAAGAUGGGGAUGAGAUUGACGCAAUGCUGCACCAGACAGGUGGUGCAACUGCCUAGAUAAAGGGAUGGGUAGAUUUUUUCUGUAGAAGGAAUUAAAAUUCAGGUACUUCAAUUUCCUGGAAUUGUAGCAUGGGCAAUAUCUUGUAUUAAGUAUCAUCUGUUGGACUCUGGUGCUGCCUAAUGUCUCAGACUAGAACCUGCUCAUACUAGUAAGGAAAUUUCUAAAUCCCUACAGCAUGAUAUGUGAUGCCACCAUAUGGUGCAGCUUUUGUUUG